AUGUUGAGCGCAGAAGUGAAAGAAACACUCGCGCCACGCUACGAUGCCCUGGAAAAGCACUGUCAAACUGGCGAUAUGGAAAAAGCUGCCGAAUUCUAUCACAGCGACGGAGUAAUGAUUGAGAAGGGAGUGUCGGUUGCGUAUGGAAGAGCUCAGAUCAAGAACGCCAUGCAGAAGUUAUGGGACCAAACGGGGCCGCAGAAGUUUACGGCAAGUACAACUAUUGAAAUAAUUCCUUGCUGCGAUCACACAAUUGGUUUUCACAACAAAUUCAACGAAAAAUACGAAGGCUGUGAGGACUUUCUAAUUCUCACCUGCGAGUCCACAAUGAGCUCCGUGAAACGUGGAUCGGAAACCGCCAAAGUGGUUCAUAUCUGGAAGAAAGACCAAGGAAAGUGGACGAUCUAUCACGAGGAGUACGAAGUGAAAAACUGA